AUGUCGGAACCCUCAGUCCGCCCUCCCGAAUACCAGGCUGGUAGGGUCAUACAAUUGCAGAUACUCGAAGGCAGCAGCGGCUCAUGGGCCAUGUCGGAAAGGGACAUCUCUGUAGUCGUUGAGCGAGUUAUCACAGAGACUAUGGCCCCGGUCAUGCAAGUCCGCUUCCACGAUCGCCUUGCCAUUCUCAAGGUCUACGAACGUCGCUACGGGACAGACCUUCGUGACUACAGGGACGAGCAUAUUCCCUGCACCGCUCAAGUCGAAACUGCUUACUUGUCAUUUCUAAAGACAGGUGCCAUGGACGCCUUCCUCAAAGAGAUGGAUCAUAACGAAGCCACGUCGGAAUUUCCACGUACCCUAGCGGAGAUUCGGGAGGGGUCCAACGGCAUCGUGAGAUUUGAAGCGGCGCUCUGGAGGAUCACUGAUCAGCAUUUCAGAACCGAGGCUGAGGUCUACGAUCGCUCGAAAGACCUCCAAGGUGUUUUGAUCCCAGAACUUUAUGGGUUAGUGCGCAUCGUCGCUCCAGGGGCUACUUCAGCGUCCUCAAAACAAGACUACCAAACUAUCUACGGUAUCUUUCUCCAACACGUCCCAGGUGUCAAUCUUUAUGAGCUUAUUAUGGAGGAAGUUCGGCCUACAACGCAGCAAGAUUGGACAUGUCUCAUUCAGCGAGCUAUUGACGCGGCGUAUGAGAUUAACAAGCGCGGUAUUAUCCUAGACGACAGCUCACCUCGCAAUAUUGUCGUGGAACCCUCAACAUUCCAGCCCUUCCUCGUCGACUUUGCGCAGUGCUUUUUCAAAGAUAAAUUAAUUCAGAAACGGGUUGACUCGGACGCUGAUGCAGAAGAAGGGAAAGAUUGGGAUGGCGACGCCAAAUUCUGCGAGACGGCAAUAAUCUUCAAUAACUCUAGCGCAAUUGGAGUGCCCAUGGUGAGAAGACUGAACAAGUCCUGUGGGUUCACAGUGGAGGUUAGGUAUCCCAAAGAAGGUCAACUCCUCUGCGAUAUCAAGCGCCGGCCAAAGCCAGAGGCCAAGAUGAGCGAGUCACUCCAACACGUCGAGGGCAGCCCGGAACCAGGGAUUAGAUCUCCCAAGAUAUGA